UCUCUUUGUGACUCAUUUCUUCUUCCUUUCUCUGAUCUGAUUCUGCUUAGAAGAUCAUACAAGCCAAGUAUACUAAUGGUGAAUUGUAGAGCAAGGCAGAUGUGGUGAGUCUAACUUGGUGGUUCAAGAGGCGUCGUCGGAGCCUUAAUUUCCAACUUUCGCUGCUGCAGAUCGUUGCUGAAAAAUGGAGCAUAUUCUAAAGAAAUUACAAAAGAAGAAUGUAAUGGCCUUUAGUACUAAAUGUACGGUAAGCAAGAGAAUGUUUGAGAAUGGGUCGUUUCCUAGGCUACUGCAACAGCUCGGCUGCUGUACUUUACUCACAGGAACUCUUAAUUUUAUCCUUCGCCCGAUGGAACAAACUAGAUUCGUUGGAGCGCUCUUUGCUGGUGUUAUGCAAACCCCGUCAAUGCUGGGUAGAUUGGAAACAUUCAAAAGUAUGUUUUAUGAAACACAGGAACUCAUGGGUGUUACUACACUUUUCGGGUUAGUCUAUUUUACGUUCCUUGUUGGAAUCAAAAUAGACCUGGCUAUGCUUCUGAGCACAAAACGUAAAACUUUUUUCAUAGGCUGUUUCACUUUCAUCUUUCCUUUAAUCGUGAAUGCAAGUGUUUCUUUGCUGAUGGAGAGGUUCAUGGACAUGGACCGAAGAUUACAUCAGUCCCUCCCGAACAUUGCAUUGGUAUUGUCUCUAACUGCAGUCUAUGAUACCUCUUGUGUCCUAGACGACUUAAAUCUGCUCAACUCAGAGAUCGGCCGUAUAUCCCUAUCCAUUUCAUUUGUCAAUGGGUUUUGCAGUUGGGCAAUCAUGUUUACCGUCUUCGCAAUAAAACAAAGCAUUACUUUAGAUCCACAUAUGGUGAUGUUUUCAUGGAUGAGUAAAGCUCUUUUAUUUUCCUUCGUCCUAUUGUUUGUCCGUCCAUUAUAUUUAUGGAUGAUUAGAAACACCCCGGAAGGAGACAAUUUGAAGGAGGGUUAUGUUAUCUUGAUCCUCCUUCUCGUCUUGGUAGCAGCAUUUUACACCGAGUAUAUUGGGGAAAAGGCCCUGUUCGGAGCCGCUCUCAUGGGAAUUAUGGUACCUGUUGGGACACCUAUAGGAUCUGCUAUUGAAAGAAAGCUCGAGUUCUUCGUUACUCUUGUGCUCUUGCCAGCUUUUUUCAUUGUAUCAUGCUAUCCGAUAGAUGUGUUCGACAUCCACAUGAGGAAUUUUGUAAUUAUAGAGUUUCUAGUUUGCAUUGGUUUCUUUGUGAAGCUCAUUGCAGUAUUGCUGCCUUCUCUCUACUGCGGGAUGCCUUUUCGGGACGCUCUCUCUAUCAGUCUCAUCUUGAACUGUGAUGGCAUAUUUGCUCUUUUGCUUACGAAUCAUUUACUUGAUAUGAAGUGGCUUGAUAAGGAAUCUUACACUAUUAUGAUCCUCACGAAAGCUUGGAUAACAAUGGUAUCCACACCAUUAGUGAAACGUCUGUAUGAUCCUUCAAGGAGGUAUGCAAGUUACAAGAAGCAAAGCAUCCAAGAUCUUGUAGGCCUGGGAGAGCUUCGCAUACUUGCUUGUGUUUACAACGAAGACAGCGUUCACGGCAUACUCAAUUUCCUUGAAGCCAUUAAUCCAGUACAAGAUUGCACUCUAUGUAUCUAUGUUCUGCACCUCGUUCAGCUAGUUGGGCGGGCAGCAUCUGUCCUGGUCACCCAUAAGCAGCGUAAGAAUAGAUACUCUAGUAGAGCUAGGAAUAAGUCAGAGAAAAUUAUUAGCGCCUUCCACCACUUUGAACAACAUAAUCCAGGCUUCCUCAUAGGACAAGCCUUCACAACAAUCUCACCAUUCUCAGGGAUGUAUAAUGAUGUAUGUCACCUAAUAAUGGAUAGGAGGACCGCGCUGGUGAUCAUACCCUUCCAUGAGUCAGUUGAGGAUCCCUUUCGGUUAGUCACCCAAAAUGUACUGCAGAAAGCACCUUCUUCAGUGGGUAUCCUCUUUGACCACAUUAAUGGCACGAGAUCUAUUUUCGAUAUUGGCAUAAAAUAUGAAAAUGUUGCCAUGAUUUUCAUCGGAGGGCCUGAUGACCGAGAGGCACUAACAUUAAGUAUGAGAAUGGCGCAGAAUUCAAAUGUAUACCUCACAGUUUUUAGAUUAACACUUCCGAGUUUGGAUGGAUACGCUAAGAAAACGAGGAAAGAUGAUGACGUGAUACAUGAUUUGUGGGAUAAAAUCAUGGACGUGGAAAAUAUUGUGUACAAAGAAGAAGAGGUAACAGAUGGUGCGGAUACAGCUUGUAAAAUCAAAACCAUUGAAACCAGCUAUGACUUCAUAAUGGCGGGUAGAAGACAUGAUAAUAGUUCGCAGAUGUUAUUAGGGCUUGAUGAAUGGAGUGUGUACAAAGAGCUUGGUGUCAUCGGAGACCUUUUCGCAACCUCUAAUUCACAGGGGAAGUUUUCAGUUCUAGUUGUGCAACAAUAGGCUUUGAUUUCUAUCUGUGAUGCUAAUCCAUCAGAACCUGCAGGAUUUUGUUUUUCUUUCCAUCAGUUCUAUUCUUAGUUUUUAUUCUUUUAGAUUUAUGUAGAUACAUGUAAAAAAGUAGUUAAUAGUUACCCAUUUGGAGGACAUCAGUUUAUUGCUCGCUCGGCUGCAUGUCACUGGACUGAAGGUGUUAGUAAGAGUCAUUCACGAGUAAGACAUUUGAAGAACACAUGAGAAAAUAUGGGUCUUCUUGAAUUUUUGUAUUGUAGUUGCGGAAAAUCCUAAAACUACACCCGUUGUAAUGAUAAUAACACAAAGCCUAAGUCAUAUAGAUCAACUCAAAUAUUAAUGAUGUUA